GAGUAAAACCCUCAUUUCUCUCGAUAGCCCCAACCAAACCCUAGAAAGAAGAAUCCUCCCGAAAAUGUCGUUGACAACCGUCUUUCGCCGAGCCUCCUCUAGAGUGGCUACUCUCGCCUUCCGUUCAGUUAGAUCUCCGGUGAGCGUCCGCAGUGGCUCCGAGAGGCUGAUUCUUCUUGGUAGCCAGCAGCAGCUCAACCGCGCAUCUGUGAUUCCUUUCUCGAGAUUUCACUCGACGGAAAGUGCGGUCUCGAAAACAACCGCCGACGAGAAUCUGGUGAGCGUUCUCGAAUCUGAAAUCGAUUGCGCCGUUAAGGAGGAGGCCCCUGAUCAGGACGUCAUGGAAGAGAUGCCAGAAGGGUUUCCUUUCAAGAUCAUUGAUACUCCUGGUGAACGGACUGUGUUGCUUCAAAGGAAUUUUGAGGAUGAAACCAUCCAAGUCGAAGUUGACUCUUCUUCACCUUAUGACGACGAUGAUGAUGAAGAAGAUGAACAAGAACAAGCUGAACAGAACGAUGCUGAUGAUGAAGAUGACGAACACUCUGUUAAAAUCCGGAUUCCCAUGGUUGUCAGUGUCUCCAAAGGUGAUGGUGUCUGUCUUGAGUUUGGAGUCAGCGCUUUCCCUGAUGAGAUCGUCAUUGAUAGUUUAUCCAUCAAACAUCCUCAAAGUUCUGACAAUGACCUUCCUUAUGAAGGACCCGACUUUGAUGACUUGGAUGAGAACCUGCAGAAGGCUUUCCACAGGUUCCUCGAGAUCAGAGGGAUCAAGCCCAGCUUCACUGACUUUCUCGCUGGUUAUGUCGCCAACAAAGACAGCAGGGAGUAUCUUCAAUGGCUUAAGGACGUCAAGUCUUUUGUUGAGAACUGAUUACUCACUCUUUCUUUCCAUCAAUAAUAAGAGUCAAACUUUUAGUUGAGGUUUUUUUUUCUUUACUUCAAAAUGUUUUGAGUUUAUUUCAGAUGAACCUGUUCUCAUCUUGGUGGUCCAUUAUGAUCCAUAAAAAAUUCGUUGAAAUGAGUUGUUGCCUUAUUGGAUACGUCUACAAUUUCAUCUCUGAUUAAUAUCUCUGUUCAAAUCAACCAA